AUGCCAGAAUCACAAAAAAUCAAAGUCAAAAACCCCAUAGUUGAAAUGGAUGGUGACGAAAUGACCAGAAUCAUUUGGCAAUUCAUCAAGGACAAAUUGAUUCUCCCAUACUUGGACAUUGAUUUGAAAUAUUACGACUUGGGUAUUGAAUAUAGAGAUCAGACAGAUGACAAGGUCACUACUGAUGCUGCUGAAGCUAUUUUAAAGUAUGGGGUUGGUGUUAAAUGCGCCACCAUCACCCCAGAUGAACAAAGAGUUGAGGAAUUCAAGUUGAAGAAAAUGUGGCUCUCUCCAAACGGUACCUUGAGAAACAUUCUUGGUGGUACGGUGUUUAGAGAACCAAUUGUCAUUGACAACAUUCCCAGAAUCGUCCCUUCAUGGGAAAAACCAAUUAUCAUCGGAAGACACGCUUUUGGUGAUCAAUACAAAGCUACCGAUAUAAUUGUACCUCAAGCAGGAGAAUUGAAAUUGGUGUUUUCUCCAAAGGAUGGCGGUGAGCCAGUUGAAUACCCGGUUUACGAUUUCAAAGGACCAGGUGUUGGAUUGGCUAUGUACAACACUGACGAGUCCAUUACUGACUUUGCCCUCAGUUCCUUCAGAUUGGCAAUUGAACGUAAAAUGAACUUGUUUUCAUCCACUAAAAACACCAUCUUGAAGAAAUACGAUGGAAGAUUCAAGGAUAUAUUUGAAAACUUGUAUGCUACCAAAUUCAAACCGGAAAUGGACAAAUUGGGAAUCUGGUAUGAACAUAGAUUGAUUGAUGAUAUGGUGGCACAAAUGUUGAAAUCGAAAGGUGGUUACAUUAUUGCCAUGAAAAACUACGAUGGUGAUGUCCAAUCCGACAUUGUCGCUCAAGGAUUUGGUUCUUUGGGUUUGAUGACUUCGGUUUUAACCACCCCAGAUGGAAAGGCUUUUGAAGCCGAGGCUGCCCAUGGUACAGUCACGAGACAUUAUAGACAACACCAACAAGGCAAGGAAACUUCCACAAACUCCAUUGCAUCAAUCUACGCAUGGACCAGAGGAUUGAUUCAAAGAGGUAAAUUGGAUGACACCCCGGAAGUUGUCGAGUUUGCCCAAAACUUGGAAAAGGCUGUCAUUGACACCGUUUCUAAAGAUCACAAAAUGACCAAGGAUUUGGCGUUGGCUCAAGGAAAAACCGACAGAUCGAGCUACGUCACUACUGAGGAGUUCAUCUCUGCUGUAGCAGACAGAUUAAACAAAAACUUGGGACGUUCAAAGAUCUAA